AUGAAAUAAUAAUGGAAUGAUAUUAAUGAAGAUGUAAAUCUGAUAACCAUACAAAAAUCAAAAUUUAAACAGACCAAUCCUAUUUAAAUCUGUAUAGAUAUUUAAUACUAAUGAGAUUAUUAGUUCUAUGAUCAUGAAGGAUUGCUACUUAAAGACAAGAUAAUCUAUAGAGGAAUACUUCGUAAUUACACUUUUGUUUUAUAACGAAAAGAUAAAAAUGAAUUCAUUCUAGACUUUAAUCAAUAUCCAAUUAGUAUUCAUUAUAUUAUAUAUUAGAAUUAUCCAUAUUAUCUAAUGAUGUCUUUUAAUUAUCAGUGUUUAGUCAUUAGUUUUAGUUCUAAUCUCUAACUAAUAGUAAAUAAUGGAUUCUCUCACUUAAUUAUUACAUAAAUACAUCAAAACCUUAAUGUUUUCAACAUCCUUUACCUAAUUUUUACCUUUAACAUUAAAUACCUUUUGAUAUAUUUGAGAAGAGAGCAGAAACCCUAGAUUUAUUAUUGUUUAAAAAUAAAUCAAUAGCAUGUUAAUUUUAAAGAUUCAUAACUAAUAGUGAAUAUGGUAAAUAUCAAUAAAAUUAUUUAGAUCAUGUUGCUCUUGUUUUAAGAAAUAAUAAAAAUGUAUUACAUGUUUUUGAAGCUAAUAGUGAUGAUGGAGUUUGUAUAUAUACUUGGGAUGCAUUAAUGUAGAGUAAAUUUUAAGAUCAUGUAACACAAAUUAGUUUUAGAUAAUUAUAUACUAAAAGGGAUAUGACAUUGUUAAUAAAAUUAUAAGAUUUUGUUUAUAAGAAUCAUGGUAAAAAAUAUUCAGCAAAUAUUAUGAAACUUUGUAAAAAAAGGUCAAUUACAGGAGUUGAAAAGGAAAAUUACUUUUGUUCUGAAUUAGUAGCUGCUUGUUAUAAACAUUUAGGAAUUAUGGAAAAUGAUAUUUCAUCUUGCCAAUUUUGGCCAAGUAUUUAAUUAUAGUUUAUAAAUCUAGAGGAUUUUGCAGGAAAUGUUAAAUUAGCCAAUGCUGAAUUAAGCCAUGAGAUUAUUAUUUAUUAAUGA